AUGGGUGUUUGGAAUAGGUUGCGGCCCCGUGUUAGCUCUGGAAAGAGCUCAGACGUUGACGCGACUAAGAUGACAACUAUCACUGACCACGAAAAGAUUGGACAAUCACCGGAAAAUGGAGUCAAUCCUGUUGUUGGAGACAGCCUACCAGAUGAAGACGUCACUGAAGGUGUCAGGAACAUGGAAGCUAUCACACUCAUAUGGACCAAGAAGUCUCUCAUCACACUCUUCAUUUGCAUCUGGUUCGUAUAUCUUCUGAACGCUUUUCAGAGCUCGACUGUCGGUAGCCUGGUACCCUAUGUGACGAGUUCAUGGGGCGCACAUUCCCUUCUGAACGUCAUUGAUGUCGUUGCGAGCUCCAUGACGGCUGCUGUGUUUAUCCCUCUAGCGAAACUUCUUGACCUUUGGGGCCGUGCAGAAGGAUAUCUUCUCAUGGUGGCCUUUGCUGAGUUAGGUCUCAUAUUGAUGGCCACAAGCACAAAUCUGUCUAUUUAUUGUGCUGCCAAUGUCUUCUACCAGGUCGGCUUUACAGGCCUCAUCUACAGCAUCGAUGUCGUGACCGCCGACGCGACCAAUCUAAAGAAUCGAGCUCUAGCCUACGCAUUUACAUCCUCUCCAUACAUGAUCUCUGCAUUCGCUGGAUCUUACGCUUCCCAGGAGAUGCUUGUCAACAUUGGCUGGCCAUGGGGGUUCGGUACCUUUGCAUUCCUGACACCAGUCAUCUGUGCGCCUUUGUACAUUCUUCUGAAAGUCAAUUUGCACAAGGCCAAGAAGAACAUUCUUCCUAAGAAGGCCAGUGGUAGGACGUUGAAAGAGAGUAUCUGGCAUUACCUCAUUGAAUUUGACAUCCUUGGUGUCUUCCUCUUCGCGACCGGCUUGAUCAUAUUCCUUCUCCCAUUCAACAUCGCCGCGACAGCUCCCAACGGUUGGGCAACUGGUUACAUCAUCGCUAUGAUCGUCGUCGGUUUCGUCCUCCUUGUCGGCUUCGCCAUCAACGAAGUUUACAUCGCGCCCGUUCCUUUCCUAAAGUUCCAUUUCCUUACCGACAGAACACUAGUGGGCGCGUGUUUGCUAGAUCUGACAUAUCAGGUUUCAUAUUAUUGCUGGAACAACUACUUCACGUCUUUCCUCCAAGUCGUCAACUAUCUGUCAGUAUCUGAAGCUGGUUAUGUAAACAACACCUUCAACGUUGUGUCUGGCUUUCUCUUAUUCCUCGUUGGAUGGGGUAUUAGGAGGACAGGCUACUUCAAGUGGCUACUCUGGAUCGGCGUGCCACUCUAUAUCUUUGCCCAAGGACUGAUGAUUUAUUUCCGCAGUCCAACAGGAUACGUGGGCUAUCUCGUCAUGACGCAGAUCUUCAUUUCGGUGGGGGGUAGUGUCUUUACUAUCUGUAUGCAACUUGCAGUCUUGGCGGCCGUUGAUCACCAACAUGUCGCUGCAGCGUUGGCCAUGUUGAAUGUUACUGGUACAGCAGGUGGAAGUAUCGGCUACACUAUUUCUGGGGCUAUUUGGACAAAUACCUUUGAGAAAGCAUUGCUCAAGUACCUGCCAUCGAGUGCACUCGACAACCUCGAAGCUAUCUAUGGUGAUCUUGAUACCCAGUUGAGUUAUGCCAAGGGAACACCCGAGCGUAUCGGUAUCCAAAAAGCGUACGGAUAUGCUCAGACAAGGAUGUUGGCUGCCGGGACUGCAAUCAUGGCUUUGGCGUUCGUUUGGGUUGCGCUUAUUAGGAACUUGAAGGUGUCGGAGAUGAAACAGACAAAGGGAAACGUCUUCUAA